CUUGAUGAAUGGCAUUAUUCCGGAUUUCAAACAAGAUGGCAGCCUCCAUGUAGUUUCCUCCUGGCCUUAGUUCACACAGAUAAACCUUGAUUUCGGUAAUAUAAGAAACCAAACUAACCAUACAUCAUGGGAAUUCUUGAGAAAAUUGCCGAAAUUGAGAGGGAAAUAUCCCGAACACAGAAAAAUAAAGCCACUGAAUACCAUCUGGGGUUGCUUAAAGCAAAACUUGCAAAGUACAGGCAACAGUUGUUAGAACCUACAGGAAAAUCAGCAGGCAAGGGUGAAGGUUUUGAUGUAAUGAAAUCAGGAGAUGCCAGGGUAGCCUUGAUAGGAUUCCCGUCUGUUGGAAAGUCAACACUUCUUAGCACACUGACAUCAACCAAAAGUGAAUGUGCUGCAUAUGAAUUCACAACCUUGACCUGCAUUCCUGGGGUUAUUGAGUAUAAUGGUGCCAAAAUACAGCUUCUUGAUUUACCUGGAAUCAUUGAGGGAGCUGCACAAGGUAAGGGUAGAGGUCGACAGGUCAUUGCCGUGGCAAGAACAGCGGAUCUUGUUGUGAUGAUGCUGGAUGCCACCAAGAGCAAAAUACAGAAGGAACUGCUGACUGCUGAGUUAGAAAGUGUUGGUAUCAGGCUGAAUAAGAGGAAACCCAACAUCUACUUUAAGCAAAAGAAAGGUGGUGGGAUAUCUUUCAAUUCGACUCUACCUCUCACCAAAUGCAAUGAGAAGAUGGUACAACUGAUUCUACAUGAAUGGAAGAUUUUUAAUGCAGAGGUUCUAUUUAGAGAGGAUUGUACAUCAGAUGAAUUUGUAGAUGUCAUCCUGGGUAGUAGAGUGUACAUGCCAUGUUUAUAUGUUUAUAACAAAAUUGACCAAAUCUCAAUAGAAGAAAUUGACAGGAUAGCUAGAGAACCCAGCUCUGUGGUAGUCAGUUGCAAUAUGAGGCUGAACCUGGACUACUUGUUGGAGAUGGUAUGGGAAUAUCUGGCCUUGGUGAGAGUUUACACCAAGAAACGAGGAGCAAAGCCAGAUUUUGAAGAUGGUUUAAUUUUAAGAAGAGGAUGCACAGCUGAACAUGUGUGCCAUGUUAUACACAGAACAAUGGUGGACAACUUCAAAUAUGGAUUAGUUUGGGGAACUAGUGUCAAAUACAGCCCCCAGAGGAUAGGGCUACAACACUUGAUGAACCAUGAUGAUGUCAUACAAAUUGAGAGAGCAGACGGGUUGACUUGUGAUUUUCAAGAUUUUGUUGAAAUGAAUACUGAUCCCCUCGCUAUAGUUGUCGUAACCUCGGGAACUCGGGGGGACAGAUUGCUUUUCCGCUAUCCCAGUACGGAGCCAACUAACCACGGAGUGUUCGAGAAAUCCAAAGGGAGUAAUCCAUAUGCUGUUAAAGUAACAGAGGAUAUUAAUGUCAAAAAAGAACCUGUGACAUCUUGCAUCAGAGAUAACACAUUAGUUGGGUUUUCAGACAGCAUAUUGGCCAACAUAUUGGCAGUUAAGCAAGACCUCUGUCGAAAGCCUUUUGAUCUGAAGAUUGACGAUGUUCGCUUUGUUGGCUACCCAAUGUCUUUGGACCCCAGUAAAUCCAAGCCAGGUGCUCAUCAGAUCAUCUCAUUCAACAUUACAUUUGUUCUCAGGGCCAAUGUGACGUCCUCUGUAAUCCAGUGUUACACCGACCUAGUUAAACAGAUCACAGUGGCCAUCCAUCACGAGGAGGAGAGGUGUCAGUACUUGUCCUCCCAGGCCAAAAUCAUGCUGGCCGUCCACGACGAGGUGGCAGCCAUGCCAGAAGAUUCUGUGGAGUCUCCAUAUGCAGCAAUUCUUCAGAAAUGUACUCUUGCCAGUUGUUUACAAACAAUCUUUGAGGACCUGGGUAGAACAGGACUAGUUCAUCUAUUCAUCAAUAAAUGGAUUGAGAUUUGGUUUUGUUUGCCUCACAAAAUCCACCAGAUACCAGACUCAUCAGCUGUUUUGAAAAUAGAGCCAGAAAUAAUACAGAAAUGUUUAGAGUGUCUGAGGCCUUAUCAUGGAGUCCUGUUGUUGGAGGAGAAACAAGUGUUACAAGACUCACUACCCAUGGACUGUAGCCCCGCCCUCAGUCGUCUGAUCACUGUGUGUAGUCCACAGCAAAGUCUACAGGUGCUCUCCCAGGAGGCAGAUCUCACCUUGUCACAGGUUUUCCAUAUUGUUGGUCAUCUUGUGUACUGGGGAAAGGCAACCAUCAUCUACCCUUUGUGUGAGACCAAUGUGUAUGUUCUCUCCCCUGUAGCCAACACCUAUACGAAUUCAGACCUCUCUGAACAAUUUAAGAAGUUGUUCAACUUGUCUCUUUGUGGUCAGCUGGCAGAGUUCUCAUACCCUGUCAAACUUAGGGAAUCCAAGGAUGUGCUGAAUCCUAUCAAACAACAGGACCAGAAAGUUAAAAUUGUGUUGUGGAUGCUGCAGCAUCAACUGUUGAUUCAGCUGCACACCUAUGUUAUUUUCUGUCCCCCUGCCUCUCGCAGAAUGAAGAAAAUGUCAGAGGAAAUGUGUAGGUCAUCGGGCAUGCCCAUUGUACCAGAGGAGGAGUGUGUGUCGGUAUCAGAUAUUGCGUCAGUGAACAGUGACGAGAGUUUAGCGCUGAGUUACCAGGGGACCAGUCAGUUCUCAAAGUCCCCGUCCUCGGACGGCUCGCUGGCCUCUGAGGACCGGUUCCUGUCUCUCCAUGAGGAGCUGUACAACCUGUCCAAAGAGGAGAGGGACUGUAUCCUGGACAUUCCCGCUGCGAGGACGCUGGAGGACCUGAAGCUCUUUACCAGACUUUUCCCGUACUUUCGAGGUGACCACCAUUUGGAGGAAAUCAUGUACUAUGAGAAUCUCCACCGAUCUGAUCUUAUGGCCCUCCUGGACAAGUUCCGAUCAGUAUUAAUCACUUGUCAGUAUGAGGACCCGGCCACUUCUUUUACUCAUAUGGAUCACCACCAAAACACCUAGGGCCGGGUCAAUCCAUUCCUCACCACUCGGAGAAAUUAAUGAUGCUGGUAUCUCUCUGUGAAUCCCAAACAUUCAGUAUCUUGCGUGAAUAGCUGGCUGAUCACAAGACUUGUCUGCAAGUCAUGGAUGAACGGAAUCAUCAGAUCUGAUCGAUUCAAACAAGGGUUCAAUCAUUCAACUCAUUCCAAUCGAGAUAGGGAGAAUUGUAUGGCUUCCUGUACAGCUGUGGUACCUGGUGUAAUAGUACCUUUUGGAUGAUCCUCAUCGUGGAUGUGGUGUUUUAAUCAGGGUUGUGUUUGGAUUCAAAUACAUGUACUGGUACAUUGUAUUGAUUUUCUUUCAGUACUUGAAUGUACUUAAAUGUGCAAAAAUUACUUUAAGCUGUGUAUGAAUGCAGAGUUGACUCAUUUUAUUGAUAUUCUCAACUCAAAAAGUAGUUCAUAUUAUUAAAUGAUCAUGCUCACAGAACUCUAAAUUUAUUCAGGGGAAUGAUUAGUGAAUCUGUAACUGAAUAAGUUACCUUAUAAUGUUAAAUUGAAUGAUAGCAAGUUGUUGAAACAAUUUUUAUUCUCUUGAUUGAUAUUUCAAAUUCCUACUCUGUACCAAAAUAUAUAUGCUGGUAAAACAUGCAACUAUAUUUUAAAAAAAUUAUAGGAAAAUUUGAUUCAACAAUAUAUGAAUUUGCUAUGUAAGCAAGCUAUUUUGAAGGAAUUGUAAGUUUAUUCACUCUUGGUGAUCACUGAAAGAUUUGGGAUGAAGGAGGAUCCAAUUUUUCAUGAAAAUAUAUUCUAAACAUUUUCUGAUUUUAUAAUUUGUGAAAGUUAAAAGGAUGCAAAAAUGCUACAUAGAAUUUUUAAGUUCAAAUAAUAAUGCAACUUCUUGGGUCAAAGAAGGGCUACUGUAUGCCCAGACUAGGUUGUAAUACGCAAAAAUAAAACGGUAGAAUAUUUCCCUGUAUACAGUAUUUGGGGGGGGGGGGGGAGGAAGGAAGGAAGGGGGGGGGGUGUAUUAGAUAGUUUUAAAUACAGUGGAGGUAGUUACCUGUAGCUACUUUGGUUAGGACAUUAUGUGAAAUAUGGCCCAUGCUUUGUGGAGCUUAAUGUGAGAGAACAGAUCUAUGUGCAAUAAAUCUUUGAAGUGCCAACAAUUUUUCAUUUUUAAUACCAGAAGUUUUUUUUGACUUGUCACAAAUCAAAAUGGAACAAGUUUGGUAUAUCUUAUCUCUAAUGGCAAAGUGUUAAUAAACAUUAUUAGCAAACUC